AUGCCAGCUUGCAAAGAUUGUGGUCACUGGCUCCCUACUACAUCAGGUCUGAACAAGCACAUCGCGAAUUCACUUACCUGCUGCCAGAAAUGGCAGGAUUGCCUCCAAAACUUCAGCAUCAAUGUGUUUGACCUUGGUGGCGGGUUUGCAGCACCAGUCGAGGACAAUUUCAAUCUUGAAGAUGAUGAAGAUCUGCAUGAUGCUAGACCACCAGUUGAGGACAAUACAAACGAAGAAACGUACUCACCUCCACAUCCGGGUUCGGUCGAGUUCGAUCAAGACCAUGUUCAGAGUUGCAGUGUCCAGAUCGAAGAGGUCACCGAUGACCCUGGUCCUGUUGGGACACGGCGCUGGGUUGAAGAGUACCCUGAUGAGAUGUUAGCUGGUGCACCAUGUGGUCCUGCCGAAGACAUUGAUAACCAAGAAGCAAAUGGUGAGAGUGUUUGGGGCCCUUUCAAUGACGAGGAGGAAUGGGAAUUAGCUAGGUGGUUGAUCCAAAAUGUCGGGCAAAACCAAACCGACGAAUUUCUAAAGCUUCCUAUUGUUCGAAAUCGUGCCCAGGUUACAUACCCAAAUAACCGCUCCUUCUUGAAAAAAAUUGACGCACUGCCUACAAAAGGACCUGAAUGGCACUGUGACCUCAUCAAGGUGGCAGGAGACAUUAUUGCCACGGAUGGUGAGAUGUCAUCAGCUGAAUUAGAACUCUGGCGGCGCGACCCGGUGGACUGUAUUCGCGAACUCAUCGGCAAUCCAACAUUCAAAGAUAUGAUGGCUUACGCACCUGAGCAUGCAUUUGAGGACAGGGGAGGGGACUGGUGGUGGGACAUGCAGGGCAAGCUGCCGAAAGGAGCAACGAUAGCACCAUUUAGAGGCGACAAAUCUGCAUGGCCAGUGUAUUUGACCAUUGGGAAUAUAGAAAAGGCCACACGCCGUCGUCCACGGAUGCAUGGAGCCAUUUUGCUUGGCUACCUCCCAGCAACAAAGCUUGACUGCUUUAGCAAAGGAACUCGGUCCAUUGCAGGGUAUCGGCUGUUUCAUGAAUGUAUGCGGAGGCUUCUACAGCCCCUGAUCGAAGCCGGCAAGGAGGGUGUAGAGAUGGUAUGUGCUGAUGGGAGAGUUCGUCGAGUGCACCCGAUCCUCGCUGCCUAUGUUGCCGACCAUCCAGAACAGUGUCUCAUUACCUGCACGAAAGAAAGUUUCUGUCCUAAGUGUCAUGUUCACAGAGACAGCCGUGGUGAACCUCUGGCUUCACUCCUACGAGAUGAAGCGCGCACCUUGACUAUGCUGGAACACAAGCGAACAGGUCGCAGGGUACCUACCUACACACGUGAGGGGCUGCGCCCUGUGUAUUGUCCAUUCUGGGCAGAUCUUCCUUACUCCGAUAUCUUUGGCGCGAUCACACCCGAUAUUCUGCACCAAUUGCACAAGGGCGUGUUUCAUGAUCACCUGUUGAAAUGGUGCACUGAAAUUGCAGGAGAAAAAGAGAUUGACGAACGUUACCAAAAGAUGUCCAAUUAUCCAGGUCUCCGCCACUUCUCGCAGGGCAUCUCCCUUGUAUCUCAAUGGACAGGGACAGAGCAUCGGGAGAUGCAACGAGUCUUCAUGGGUGUGUUAGCUGGGGCGGUUCAACCAACAGUUAUUCAAGCAGCACGUGCCGUCCUCGAUUUUAUAUACUAUGCACAAUUCCACGCCCAUACAUCUCAGUCUCUUGAUGCCCUAGAGUCCGCGCUGCACGAAUUUCACGAUCACAAGCAUAUAUUCGUGGAUCUGGGGGUGCAUAAUGACUUCAAUAUUCCAAAAAUGCACUCAAUGCAACAUUACGUGGUGUCGAUCAAGUCUCGUGGCUCCGCAGAUGGAUUCAACACUGAAUUCCCCGAACGCCUCCACAUCAACUUCACAAAAAAUAUGACGAAGUGGUUAGCACGACAGGAAGCAGUGGACCAAUUCAUGGCUUACCUGGACUGGAGGUUGCAGAGAAAGAUGGAUGAUGAGGAAGCCGAUGGCGAUGUUGACGAUGUUGAAGGUGGCAUAGCGCUGAAUGUGGAUGUACCCGAGCCACAGCCGCCAAGUGAGGGUGAUACACCUUUAUCUCAUGUCCUGGCAGUCCGUCCUCCAUUGCGCGCUCUAGCAGUUGAUUAUAUUGCCCAGACAUUUGGGGCGGUCAAUUUCUUUACUGCACUCACCCAAUACCUGAAUCGAACUCCACCACCCCAAAAUCCACCACCCCCACAAGUACCGUUGUUUGAUGCUUACCGGUGUCUGUCAAUCCCUUAUCCACACUUGCGUGCAGUCCAUAUGUUGAAGUCCAUGGACUGCAUCCGUGCAGUGCCUUACACCCCUCCUUCUGGUCGGUCAGCUGGUUCGCCAGGACAAUUUGAUACAGUCCUGGUGCAAACAGAAGGUACUACUAAUGUACACACUCAGGGGACUGCUUUGGAAGGUCUUCAAGUUGCGCAAGUCUGCCUGAUAUUUGACUUACCAAUGCACCUGCGCACUACUGGACAGCCUUUCCACCUUGCACUCGUUGAAUGGUUCAAUCCCUUCCGGGCACGCGAUGCAUUGUUGCAGCUGCACACAGUCUCACGUUCUUAUGCGGGUCAAGCUCCUCGCACUGAGGUGAUCCCCAUCAGUCAAAUUUCUCGGAGUUGUCAUCUUAUACCUAAGUUCGGCACACAUGUCAACCAAACGUGGAGGCGGGAUUUCAUCUUGGAUGCAUGCAAGACAUUCUACCUUAAUCCUUGGAUAGACAUGUACAGCUUCUACAAAUUCCGAACUGCCUGA